AUGUUGCCUUCUGUCCGUGGGACCUUUUCCGCUGUAGAGUGGCAGGCUUCGCUGACUUCGCCUCGCGUCUUGCAGAGACGCUGGCGCAGACAUCCCAAGGGCGGCAUCUAUGGCCCCAACUUCAACCACUUCCCCACCGAGGUGAAGAUGGAUUGGCCGCCCAAGGAUUGGGCUGGGCAGAUCGGUUGGCAGUUGGCAGUUUUUUCAAAGGACCGAAGCCGUCUCUUUAAACUUCCAGAGUCCAAACGCUUGCUGUGCGUGUCGCAUGGCUGGUACUACCCCGAUGGUAUCCGUUCAAAAGGCAACAAGACCAUCUCCACUGUGCUCUGUUUCGCCUCGCCUCACAAGCACAACCACAUGGACAGUUUGACCAUACAGGAGGUUCGAAAGUUCUGGGAGCUGGAGACUGAAAUCAAGGUGCUGCAGGGUCCCGAAGAUUCACCGGCAAAGAUGGCAACAGCCCCGGCGCACUUCAAGGACUGCGAAGCGAAAUUGGAGGAGGACAUCUUUCGACAUAUCGGACCGUUCGCGCGUUCGCAGAAAAUGGACCCGCAAGCGGCUCAUCGCAUCGCAAAGUUAGAUGAGGUCUUGCGGCAGGUGCCCUACCAGUACCAACACAAGAACCGUUUGCGGUCGGAUGUCGCGCAACUUUUGCAGAGCUGCAAGACCCUUCAACCGCAGACGGGCACCUUUUCCGGGGGCGCCCGAAGUGACCCGGCGGUUCCUGCGGCCACGGUGAGUUUGCCGGAGGUGCUACGCUUUGUUUGGCCCGUAAUGCUCACCUUCCUGGCCUCGACGGUCCAGGGCCUCAUCGAUUCCGCCUUCGUGGGUCGCUGUGGUGGCUCGGUCCAGCUGGCAGCGCUGGCGCCGGGCACCAGCUGGCUGGACAGCCUGUCGUAUCUGUUAUCUUUCAUCUCCAUUGGUACGUUGAACGUCUUAGCCACCGCCAAAGAUGCGGAAAGCCGUGAACGGCUCCUCUCACGUUCCGUGAUGGUGGCAUGGUGCGUGGGCGCAGUGGCAGCUGUGCCCUGUAUGAUCUGGGCCCCCUAUUUAGUCGCCCUGUGCGGUGCUCGGGGACCUGUCGUGCCCUUUGCGGCCAGUUAUGUGAAGAUUCGAGCCUUGGGUUUGCCACUGGACUCGCUAUUUCGUGUGUGCAACGCUGGACUGCUAUCAGUGCGUGACAGUCGCACGGGUUUGCAGGUCGUUGGCCUUCAAUCGCUGUUGAAUGGCAUUGGCGACGCCCUGAUUUGCCCCCGCCUGGGCAUUGCGGGCGCUGCCAUCACCACCUUGGCAGCGCAGGGUGUCACGACCCUGGGGAUGCUGUGGGCCUUGCGACGGAAAGGUCUCAUCAAGCGAUUCACAGUGCCAUCGCUGGAGGACUGCUGCAGCUUCCUGGCUUUUGCCCUUCCGGUUUGUCUCACCUUAGCGUUGAAGGUGGCUUCCGUUCAGUUUCUGAGCAUCGCAGCGGCCGCAAAGGGCGUGGUGGCUGCCGCGGCACAUCAAAUCACUAAGUCGCUGCUCUGGGUCUUCGGUCUCCUUGCGUCUGAGUCACUCUCCUCGACGGCGCAGGCCUUUCUCCCAGCCUUUAUGCAGCAGAAGGAUCAGCGUGGUGCAGACCAGACCUUGCGUUUGUUGCUGAGACUGGCCCUGCUGGGCGCUGUGGGAACCGUCGCCUUGCUGUUGUUGAUGACCUCCCAAGGAGGCCUUCGGCUCUUUUGCGAGGACGAAGAGGUCCUGAAGGCCGUUCCCGUGGCGUCUCGGUGCUGCAUUCUGCUGACACCCUUCACCUUCUGCAUGGAGGGUGCCCACAUCGCAGCACAACGUCAACAGUGGCUCUCCCGACGACUGUUUCUUCUCACAUCGUUGGUAGGUGUGAGCUUCCACUUCUUGCCGCAGACUGCUCAGCUCCCGGAGAUUUGGGCCGUUUUCGUGGUGUAUCUUUUCGCCCGCGGUGUCUGGUACUCCUGGGGUCUUUGGCGCCCCGGCGGCGUACUCCGCGCCGCCUGA